GUUUCCACCGGCUGAGUUUCACCGACAAACCGGAUGUUGAUCAAACAUGGCAGCGACCUUGUGGAUCCGCGAGACUCUGCUGUGAAUCAGAUCUGAGAAGAAAUGAAGAUUUAUACGGGUUUAUGUUUUGCACACAGAAUUAAACUCUAGAGUCAGUCAUGUUCUCAGUACUAAAGCACGCGUUUCUGGGGUUUGUCCGGACAUCGAGUCAGCCAGCUGUUCUGCAGAAUGAGCUGAAGGUUCUGUCAGCAGGAUUGAGGACUUACGAUGUUCCUCCAGACUUCAGCGACGUGGUUCUACCAGACAAGCCCAAACUGAAGUUCCUGGAAAAGGUCCCGAACUUGAAACAAGCGAAGAAGGAGAUGAAGAAGCUGCGUGACAUCCAGGGCCCGGCCAAAAGCAUGAACACGUUCAGCGACGGACAGUACGGGAUCGUGGCUCUGGGUGGAGGAUAUCUGCACUGGGGUCACAUGGAGAUGAUGCGUCUCACCAUCAACCGCCGCAUGGAUCCCAGCAGCACGUUCGCCGUGUGGCGCAUCAAGGCGCCGUACAAACCCGUCACCCGGAAGGGCCUGGGCCAGCGCAUGGGCGGCGGGAAGGGCGCCAUCGACCACUACGUGACUCCGGUGAAGUGCGGCCGGCUGGUGGUGGAGGUCGGAGGUCGUGUGGAGCUGGGUGAGGUGGAGGCCGUGCUCAAAGAAGUGGCCAAGAAGCUUCCCUUUCCAGCCAAGGUGGUGAGCAGGGAGAGUCUGGCGGCGCUGUACGAGGAACAGGCCGAACGGGCCGCCAACAACCAGAACCCCUGGACCUUCCAGAGAAUCGCCCGCUCCAACAUGCUGGGCAUCCGCAAAGUCCUGAGGCCGUUUGACGCCCACAAUCACGGACGCUACGCCGGAAAGUUCUUCAACCCCAAACGGGUGUAGCGUGAUUAAGAGAGAAGGUCGCUAAACCUCAGAUCUCCAGAGUCAGCACACACAAACACAAACUCUCUCCUCGCAGGCAGGAUGUGGUUGGCUGAUAUUUAGAAUGCUUUAAUAGACACCU